AUGACAUUGAAUGAAGCCAGACAGAUCGGGAACAAAGACGCAGAAAGAGUAAGCCUUGGCAAACUUGGCGUCGCCUGUCAGUUUCUGAGUGAUUUCAAAAAAGCAAUCGAGUUUUAUCAGCUGGCUCUAAGAAUUGCAAAAGAUACUGGACACAAAGAUGGAAAAGGAACUAUAUAUAACAACCUUGGCAGUGCCUAUAAGUCCCUCAGUAAUUUCAAAAAAGCAAUCGAGUUUUAUCACCUGGCUCUAAAAAUCGCAAAAGAUACUGGAAACAAAGAUCAAGAAGGAACUAUAUGUAACAACCUUGGCAGUGCCUAUCAGUCUCUCAGUGAUUUCACAAAAGCAAUCGAGUUUUAUCAGCCAGCUCUAAAAAUCGCAAAAGAUACUGGAAACAAAUAUCAAGAAGGAACUAUAUAUAACAACCUUGGCCUUGCGUAUCAGUCUCUCAGUGAUUUCAAAAAAGCAAUCGAAAUUUAUCAGCUAGCUCUAAAAUUCGCAAAAGAUACUGGAAACAAAUAUCAAGAAGCAGGUACAUAUAACAACCUUAGCAUUGCCUAUCAGUCUCUCAGUGAUUUCAAAAAAGCAAUCGAGUUUUAUCAGCUGGCUCUAAAAAUCGCAAAAGAUACUGGAAACAAAGAUGGAGAAGGAAUUAGUUAUAACAACCUUGGCAGUGCCUAUCAGUCUCUCAGUGAUCUCGAAAAAGCAAUCGAGUUUUAUCAGCUGGCUCUAAAAAUCGCAAAAGAUACUGGAAACAGGGAUCAAGAAGCAAGUACAUAUAACAACCUUGGCAGUGCCUAUCAAUCUCUCAGUGAUUUCAAAAAAGCGAUCGAGUUUCAUCACAUAGCUCUAAAAAUUGCAAAAGAUACUGGCAACAGAAAUCAAGAAGCAAGUACAUAUAACAACCUUGGCGGUGCCUAUCAGUUUCUCAGUGAUUUCAAAAAAGCAAUCGAGUUUUAUCAGCUGGCUCUAAAAAUCGCAAAAGAUACUGGAAACAAAGAUGGAGAAGGAAUUAGUUAUAACAACCUUGGCAGUGCCUAUCAGUCUCUCAGUGAUCUCGAAAAAGCAAUCGAGUUUUAUCAGCUGGCUCUAAAAAUCGCAAAAGAUACUGGAAACAGGGAUCAAGAAGCAAGUACAUAUAACAACCUUGGCAGUGCCUAUCAAUCUCUCAGUGAUUUCAAAAAAGCGAUCGAGUUUCAUCACAUAGCUCUAAAAAUUGCAAAAGAUACUGGCAACAGAAAUCAAGAAGCAAGUACAUAUAACAACCUUGGCGGUGCCUAUCAGUUUCUCAGUGAUUUCAAAAAAGCAAUCGAGUUUUAUCAGCUGGCUCUAAAAAUCGCAAAAGAUACUGGAAACAAAGAUCAAGAAGCAAGUACAUAUAACAACCUUGGCAUUGCCUAUAAGUCUCUCAGUGAUUUCAAAAAAGCAAUCGAGUUUUAUCAGCUGGCUCUAAAAAUUGCAAAAGAUACUGGAAACAAAGAUCAAGAAGCAAGUACACAUAACAACCUUGGCAGUGCCUAUCAGUCUCUCAGUGAUUUCAAAAAAGCAAUCGAGUUUCAUCAGCUAGCUCUAAAAAUUGCAAAAGAUACUGGCAACAGAAAUCAAGAAGCAAGUACAUAUAACAACCUUGGCGGUGCCUAUCAGUUUCUCAGUGAUUUCAAAAAAGCAAUCAAGUUUUAUCAGCUGGCUCUAAAAAUCGCAGAAGAUAUUGGCAACAAAGAUCACGAAGCAAGUACAUAUAACAACCUUGGCAUUGCCUAUAAGUCUCUCAGUGAUUUCAAAAAAGCAAUCGGGUUUUAUCAGCCAGCUCUAAAAAUUGCAAAAGAUAUUGGAAACAAAGAUGGAGAAGGAACUAUAUAUAACAACCUUGGCAAUGCCUAUGAGUCGCUCAGCGAUUUUAAAAAAGCAAUCGAGUUUUAUCAGCUGGCUCUAAAAAUCGCAGAAGAUACUGGAAACAAAGAUGGAGAAGCAACUUCAUAUAACAACCUUGGCAUUGCCUAUAAGUCGCUCAGCGAUUUUAAAAAAGCAAUCGAGUUUUAUCAGCUGGCUCUAAAAAUUGCAAAAGAUACUGGAAACAAAGUUCAAGAAGCAAGUACAUAUAACAACCUUGGCAAUGCCUAUAAGUCGCUCAGCGAUUUCAAAAAAGCAAUCGAGUUUUAUCAGCUGGCUCUUAGAAUCGCAAAAAAAACUGGAAACAAAGAUAGAGAAGGAACUAUAUAUAACAACCUUGGCCUUGUCUAUGGGUCUCUCAGUGAUUUCGAAAAAUCAAUCGAGUCUUAUCAGCUGGCUCUAAGAAUCGCAAAAGAUACUGGAAACAAAGAUGGAGAAGGAACUACAUAUAACAACCUUGGCGGUGCCUAUCACUCUCUCGGUGAUUUGGAAAAAGCGAUCGACUUUUAUCAGCUGGGUUUAAGAAUCAUAAAAGAUACUGAAAACAAAGAUGCAGAAGGAAUUAUAUGUAACAACCUCGGUUGUGUCUAUGGGUUUCUCAGAGACUUCGAGAAAGCAAUGGAAUUUCAUCAGCAUGCCAGAAGUAUAGCAAACGAGACUGGAAAUAAAGACGCUGAACAAUGUGGAUAUAAUAACCUUGCUUAUGUUCUUUGGUCUCUUGGCGAAUACUCCAAAGCCGAGCAGUGUUUUCAAUCCUGCAUUGAACUGGUAGAGGAAAUGAGAAUCCUCCUUCAAGGAAACGACGAGUGGAAAAUCGGGUUUCGGAAUGAACGUGAUUGCGUUAGUAGUUUAGUGAGACUUCAAUUACAAAAACGCACUAAACGUAACACUCUCGAGGCACUUUUAACAGCUGAGGCGGGACGAGCAGAAGCUCUCAUGGACCUCUUGGAAUCGCAAUAUGGCGUCAGGAAAUCAAUCUGUUCGCUGUCGAAACAGCAGACGGAACUUAUCAUUUCAAACCAUAUUUCGUCGCCCACGUUAUUUCUGAUGGAUGACACCCUGACCCAAUCAGUAAAAAUCUGGAUGCUGUUAAAGGGGGGAAAGCUGCGUAGGUUUGUGCAACAGGGAGUUAGUGGUGACUUGACAUCAAUGACUUACCAAACAUACAAACAGAUUGGUGUGAACAAAAGUCUGUGGAAAAAGAUUCUCUCACGGAAAGACAUUGAAGAUCAGGGUGAUGCUUUAAAAGUAUUAUACGACAUAUUCAUCGCUCCAAUUUCACACUCGAUAGAAGGUGACGAACUCGUCAUCGUCCCUGACCGUUCAACGUUCUUGAUUCCUUACGCUGCCCUUGUGGACCAAAACUCCAGGUAUUUAUCUGAAACGCUUAGAAUUAGAUUGGUUCCAUCACUGAAAAGCUUAAGGCUACUGGCAGAAUGUCCGGAGGGCCGCCAUAGUUCAUCGGGGGCUCUACUUGUUGGAAACCCGUGGGUGGAAACCGUACAAAUCAAAGGCUGCAAUCUGCCGCUUCCAGGUGCUGAGGAAGAGGUAAAAAUGAUUGGACAAAUUCUAAACAUCGAGCCUCUCACCGGAAAGAACGCUACAAAAGAUCGGGUCUUAAGCGGGCUCAACUCAGUUUCGUUAGUGCACAUAGCAGCACAUGGCCGUACAGAAAACGGAGAAAUUAUUUUGUCUCCUAAUUUUCCUGAUGUCAAAAUACCCAAAGAGAAAGAUUUUCUUUUGACGAUGGCAGAUGUUUUGGAUGCAAAAGUGCGCGCCAAGCUUGUUGUCUUAAGCUGCUGCAACAGUGGCCGAGGAAAUAUCAAAGUCGAAGGAGUGGUUGGUAUUGCACGUGCCUUUUUAGGAGCCGGUGCGCGUUCUGUUAUUGCGACACUGUGGGCGAUUGAUGACGAAGCCACUCUUGCGUUUAUGAGACACUUUUACGAUCAUUUAGUAGCAGGGCAAAGUGCAAGUGAGUCGCUUCAUCAGGCCAUGAAAAGGAUGCGGGAGUCGGAAAAAUUCAAUGCCGUGAAGCACUGGGCGCCAUUCGUUCUGAUUGGUGAUGACGUGACAUUGAAUUUUGGCCAAUGA